CCCGAAGGUUCCCGAAUAGUUCCGAGUUUCGAAGAUUAUGCGACCACUUUAAAAAUUAGCAUUACUUAUGGCAAUGAGAGCAAAUACGAAACUAUUUUUUUUGUCGAUUACCUUAGUUGGGCAGGUUCAUAGGGCAGGUUUGUUUACAUUAGUUUACAGUUACAGUUUUUAUGCAUCCGGCCCGCCAUUGUUUAAAUCGUUUUGUUGUGUCGAUGUGAUAACGUGUGUCGGCGAAUAAAAAAAGUGUUUAAAUAGGAAUAAUUAACAAUAUAAUUGAAGAUUUAAGCUGUGAAAGUUGUACUGUGGUGUGUGUUAAACAAUAUUUUUUCAAAGCUUUUUUUCAUUUAAAAAAAUUGGAGUUUGUUCAAAAAAUCAACCCGUUUUCGGAUAUUUAAGGUGGUUAAUCACCACGUCAUAAUUAACCCACUUUACAACGAAAUCAAUACCUAUGCAUGCAGCAGCAUUUUUGCGCCCUCCGAUCACAGUAAAAGCGACAGGAGAAGAAGCAAGAAGUUAUGAUUAUGCGGCGGCAAGAGGCCCUAUAAAGACAACCAAUGUUAUAGAAUCAAUCGGCCAUCUAGUGAAGAGUUGCCUCGGAGGAGGCGUGGUGGGAAUCCACGAGGCCUACAAAGGAUGUGGGUUGCUUUCCGCACUGGUCAUGAAUGUUAUUCUGGGUUUAUUCGUCGGAUAUUGCAUGAACAUGCUAGUAAAGAAUGCCCAGAUAAUGUACGGAAGGCUACAGAUACCGAAAAUGUCAUACCCGGACGUGGCCGAAGCCACGAUCGCCACCUGUCCCUUCCCAAAGAUGCGGAAAUUUGCACGACCAGUCAGGUACGCGGUGGACGUCACAAUAGGAAUCGACUUAUUUGGAUCUUGCUGCGUGUAUGGUGUGAUCAUUGCGCGGUCGCUCCAACAGCUUUUAGUCGACUCCAAGACGGUUGACCAUAUCAACCUCAGGCUUCUGAUCGCAUGUCUCCUCAUACCCUGCAUAGUUAUAUGCUGGAUCACGCAGCUCAAGUACCUGGCACCGUUUUCUAUAGUUGCUGAUUGUUUCAUUGUGCUAGUCGCCGUCUCCACAGUCUACUACGGUUCAGCGGCAGCCACCAAGUCCCCCAUUGACUUUCCACUGGUCAAAAGCUUUGAAGGUUUCUUCGAGUUUCUGGGGGUGUGUGUGUUUAGUAUGGAGGGCGUGGGGGUGUCCAUGCCGAUCGAAAACCACAUGACUAAUCCACGCAAAUUCCCGUUGGUACUAGUUGGAGGAAUGGGCGUCGUGAUUUCUAUCGUGAUGAUAAUCGGCUUCUUCGGCUACUGGGGUUUCGGAGAAGAUGCCAGGGCUCCCAUCACCAACAACUUCCCUUGGUCCACAUUUCCCAUCGUCCUGAAGGUGCUCAUGGCCGUGAUGGUAUACGUGACCUUCGCGCUAAACUUCUGGGUGCCCUUCGACCUGGUCUGGUACUACCUCAAGAGGCGACACCCUGAGGACAAGCUUUGGUUCUGGGAGCGAGUGUACAGAACCAUCACGGUCAUCCUGAUAUUCCUCGUAGCGAUCAUCUUUCCUGACGUGUCGGCUUUCAUGGGAUUUCUCGGCUGCUUCUGCCUCUCUCUAAUGGGCUUCAUCAUCCCCGCCUUCAUCGAGCUGUGUGUGGUCUGGGACGAUCCAGGCCUCGGCGUCAUGAAGUGGCGCCUCAUAAAAUCUGUGGCCAUCAUCGUCUUUGGCGUGUGUCUAUUCUUCGUCGGUACUUAUAGUAACGUCAAGGCUAUGGUCCAAUCCGCGGUGAGCGGUGGCGAAGAGGCUGGUAAGGAGACUACAACAACAACAGCAAAAGGUCCUUAGGUUAAGGAACUGAUAUAGGUCUAAAAGAGUUGAUAAUUAUCUUUUUGAUAAGGUAUAUUUUUCUACAAUAUUUCAUUAUAUGGACACCAAGUUCAAAUCUAUUCCAGAACUAAAAAAAAUAAGUUAUAUCGAGAUGUUUUAGAAUACUGUAUCCUUCGAUAGUUUUUCGCGCUUACUGGCAUGAAAUAUAGUGGAUUUUAUCUUUUUACUAUCUUAGGCAAUAAUAAUGAUGACAUUUCGACUAAUACACCAAUAUAAGUUCUGCUGUAGAAUUUUGCUUUGUGUCACAAAUAGCUACUGUUUUGGACUACAAAUAUCAUUAAUUUUGAAAUUUACCGAAUAAGAAAAUAUUCUUUUUCGUACCUAUUUUACAAUAUAACUAUCCUUGCGUUCCCCUGUUUUUGUAUAUGUUUACUUGAUAUAAAUGUUGGUGUAUUGUACUGUUUUGUAAA